GUCUGACAUCAUUGUCUCUCGGAAACUGUAACUGGGCAGGAUUGAUGUUAAGUCAAAUUUUCAGUAAAACCCAGACGUCCUAAAGAAGUGCAGUGAGUGUGUGUCGGCCCAUAGACUGGAUAUAAAUGAGCCCCGGGGGUUACAGGAAGUUGUCGCUGCCAUGUUUAGCUGCUUUGUUGUAGAUUCCUUGCAGGCUUCCUACAUAUUUUAGCCUAAGUGUUGCAAUGGAACCGAGCUGGAGUACGUUUUUAUUCCAACAGGCCAAUGAAGCUCUGCAUCACCAGCACCAAGUAGCCGGGAACAGCCUCUUGCCUUUGCUAAGUUCUGGCACAGAGCCACCUGAUCAGAAACCAGUGCUGCCCAUUCCCUUAGACCAGAAACCCCCUGUCAGUGCUGCAGAACUUCUCAAAGACAAUGUGGCUAGUGGGACUGGGGGUGGAGGGUCUCCAGUUACUGUGGUCAAAAAGGAGCCCAAAUCAAAGACACCCUUCAUCUGUGGCUACUGCAACAAAGCUUUCCGGGACAGCUACCACCUCCGGCGGCACGAGUCUUGCCACACUGGCAUUAAGAUGGUUUCGCGGCCUAAGAAAACGCAAACAGCCCCCACCAUGGUGCCCCUUAUAUCCACUGUACCACGUGAAAAUAGUGGAAACCCGUCAUACAUUACUACUGUAGCUGGUAUCCUGACUACAGCCACCACGUCAACAUCCACAGGCGCCAGCAUCAUGACGCCAAUGCAACACCAACAGCAGCAAAGCAUCCCUAAGAAGCCCCCCAAACCAGUGAAAAAGAAUCACGGUUGUGACAUGUGUGGUAAGGCCUUCAGAGAUGUGUAUCACUUGAACCGCCACAAGCUGUCGCACUCUGAUGAGAAGCCAUUCGAGUGUCCCAUCUGCCAGCAGAGGUUCAAGAGGAAGGAUCGUAUGACAUACCAUGUCCGCUCCCAUGAUGGCGGAGUUCACAAGCCUUACAUCUGCUCCGUCUGCGGGAAGGGCUUCUCCAGACCUGAUCACCUAAGCUGUCAUGUCAAGCAUGUCCAUUCCUCAGAGAGGCCAUUUAAGUGCCAAGUAACGGCAUGUACCUCCGCCUUCGCUACCAAAGACCGUCUGCGCUCCCACAUGAUCAGGCAUGAAGGCAAAGUGACCUGCAACAUCUGUGGCAAAAUGCUUAGUGCAGCCUACAUCACAAGUCACCUCAAGACACAUGGCCAGGCCAGCUUCAGCAACCCAUGUAACAAUAAAGGCAUAAGUGACUGGCAGUGGAACCACUCAGGGCCACGAAAAGGUGAGUUGACGGUAGGAGAGAUUUUAAAUAACUCCUUCCAAGUCCUAAUUGACAACUCUCACAAAGAUGCCAACAAUGUGCACAACAACUCCGCCACUACGACACCAGUCACCAACUCGGCAGCCAUCACCUCAGCUGUGAACCGCGGAGGCGUUUCCAGCAACCCCGUCACCAUCGCUGCUCAGAUGAACAUCACGACCAGCACGGUCAACAUCACAUCACCGGUCAACCUGCAGCACCCCGUCACCAUCACUGGCCCCGUGAACCUGGCCUCCGUCAACAUCCCUACAACGGGACACAUGAAUAUCGCCCACCCAGUGGCUAUCACCUCUCCCAUGCCCAUGAAUAUCACUGGGCCACUCAACAUUGCCAUGAGGCCCAUGGAGAGCAUGCCUUUUCUAUCCCAAGUUCUGCCUUCCUCUCCUCCUUGGUAGAGCUUUUUUUUUUUUUUUGUCUACAUAAGAGCUGAUAAUGUUUUAACUGCCUAAUAAUGGAUAAGUCUGUCUAAUCUUAGUAAAAUGGCCCUUUUGAUGAAUUGAUAGUGUACUAAACUUGAAAAUGUAAUUCAACAUUGAAACUAAUGUAAUUCAACCACAUAGAUGGUAACCAAAACGUGUUACUUGCAGUAGGGAUUGUUAAGCAUAAUUUGUCAGUUUUUAUUUGUAUUUAUAGAAGAAACUUAUUUCAAAUACCCUUAAUCUUGAUAGAAAAAGGAUUGUUUUGCUUACGGUCAGUCAUUGCAGAGCAUCAGCAUACAUUUCAUAUAAGAUAUGUUUGCUGCCCCCCGAGGAGGAUCCGUCAGAUGAAUGGUCAAUUUUGAGGAAGGGUAACAUUGAUACACUCGCCUAUCAUAGUAUUUUUUUUAUUAAUAUUAUCAUUGUAGAUAUUGGACAUAUAGGACAUUUCUAAAAACAUGAAAGAGAAACGUUUUAUUGAUAUGAGAUCAAAGUUUCUGUUUUGACUAACCCAGUGAAUUAAUUACUUGACAAAUCAUAGUACUUCAUCACAUUGAUGUGUAAAAGUUCUGUACAUCAAAUAUUACCAUUAAGCAUUGCCCACACUGGUCGAAUGCACCAAAAUUGAGAGAUAUGUCAGUGUUAACAGUAAGGAAAAAAAAAAUCUGACAAAUCUCAAAUUAUUAACUCAGUUAGUCAAAGCUGACAGUUGGGUUUCCGAGUGACAUGUCAGUCUCACAUAUGAACGGAAAAACUGAUUUGGUAAAAAUCAAAUAAAUUAAUAGUCUUAUCAAUUAAACCUUUCAGCCAUGUUUCACAGUCUUUGCCAGCUAUUCUAGAGGUUUCAUUGGGUGAUCUAGCUUUACAAUUCUUGUCAUGUGAUAACAGGUGAUCUAAAGGGGACUCUGUCUGUUCAAUCUGCUGAUCAAGACCAUGACGUACAGUUGAAAGCUCCUAAAAAGAUAGCAAAUGUUCCUACCAAAUUUCAAAUUAUUUGUGAAACUAAUAUCUCCAAAGUGAAAAAUGAACUUUCACGCUCAGUAAUUCUUUCACAUGCUGUCAUUAUUAACCCCAUGUUAUGGGUGGGGGUUUUAAGGGGGACAUUUGUGCACAUAUUGUGUGUAAAUAAUGACCAUUUUAUGCCAAAGAUUUUCUUAGUAUAGUGUUUUCCCCCUAAAUACUAUAUUUUAAAAGAUAAGGGGGGGAACCUUUAAACGGCAUGUAAACCACCAUAGGACACAACAUUUUCCUUUUUGAAACCCAGCUAUGAAAUUGGCACCUCAGAUAGGGUCUGACUCCUAUCUGUUACAUUUUUUUUUAUUAGAAGCCUACAAUACCCAUUAUGCAAUUGCAAUGAUAAUUAUUUUAAUCAUAUGUGAUGUGUAUAUUUAUGUUAUAUUGUUUGCAUUACUGGCAGUUUGUCUCAUGAACAAGUUUCAUUACACUUUCAAACCAAAAGAGUAUUUUUUUUCCCACUUUGGUUGAAAGUUAUUGGGCAGUUAUAACAAUAUUAGCUGCUACAUUGUCACCCAUAUUUAAUGUUUAUUGAUCCCUUUUUCAAAUGCGGGUCGUGUGUUUUUACAUUGACAGUUAAUGGUGAGCCAGCUCAUUGCAGUAGUGUUGGCAUUGAACACGCGCUGUGGAGAGGCAAACCCUUUUCCUGGAUGAAGUACAGUGUUGGGCAUGUAAAAGUGACCACCUUAUUGAUUUCUUCAACUGGCUGUCCAACUUAAAUGUGGGUGAUAUAUGAUACCAUACUAUACCUUAGACUUUUACGGCUGCUUAAAAGAAGCGCAUUGCCAGAGUUGUUCUUAAAUGCUUCCUCUUAAGGCAAUUUUUUUUGUUUUGUUUUCUUCUGUUAUUUUAGUGGACUUAUCAGUAUUUGAUAGUUUAUGUAUUUUAAAGUUUAAUAACAAAGACAAAGCUUCCAUUUCGGGGAAGGGUGAGUGAUAUUGUGGAUUCCUUCUAUGGCUCAGAAGUUGUUGAGAUCCAUCAACCAUCAGUGUCUGUUUUUUAAAAUUGCUGGAAACCAGUCAGUCAUCACUGCUGGAUACUCUAUACAAGUUUAUCUGUGACAUCUGUUUGGGGAAUUUUUUGUAUGUAUUUAUAUUAGGAUAUGACAGUUAAAGGUACAGCAAAGAGGAAAUGUCUCAUACUGAAAGCAUGUCCCCUCUGAUUUGCCCUAAAAUGGCAGUAUUAUCAAAGGUCAAAUACUUUUAACUUUUGAUUACUGAGGACUUAUGAUAAAUGUAGAGGUCAAAAAAGCUAACUAGUGGCUCAUUAGACUCUUUACUACAGCAGUCCCAAAGUUUACCUAUGGUAUGUUCAGUUGUUUUCUUUAGCAGGUAUAGGAUCCCAUCACUGUCAGUCAAACUCAGGAAGGUUACUGAGAAUAGUCUUUUUUAAUCCAUGUUCAAUAAUUUCCACACCGACCAUUUUUUUUUUGUAUAUAUGAAACACUAUUUUAUUGCCUUUUACCUGUGGGAGAGGGAACAUCUCUCUGCUUACCAUAGGCUAGCAAUGCAAGUACUAUAUCACCACUGAUGUGGCCGUCCAUCUCGCGGAAGAGAGAAAUGAGCAGAGAGUAACUUAAGGAUAAGGCUGGUGUUAAUUUAAUUCCCAUGAAGGAGUCAUACCAUUCAAUUGGUUAUCAUGCCUCUUCAUUGACAUGAAGAAGUGAGUAGUUUAUUCCCCAUGGAUUGUCAAACUAGCUGCUUGCCAGUGCAUGUAAUCUGCCCCACAUGGUGCAUGUUAUUUGUCACCGGGUCCAGCGGUUUCUUUUUGUAUUUUUAGUAGUUUUUAAAAAACGGAAGGGUAGCACAAUGUUAGCAAUAUCUUGUUGUAGCUACACUAUCAAUCUGUCAGCAGGAUAAAGUUGUUGGUUGAGGAAAAUAAUCAGUUAUUAUAAAAGGGACAAAACUCCAGCCUUAUCCUUUUAAGUUGAAUUCUGUCAGUAGAUCUCGCUUGCAUAGCUCCAUGUCGGUUAUUUUUAGUUAUUUCAUUAUUUGUUGUUUUCCUGGCAAUUUAUCUUUACUAGAAAAUGAGGCUAAGAUCACAAGGAGACUUUCUUCCGUUGUAGCUGAAAGAGCAGGAUGUCAGAGAAAAAGUAGCAUUCAAUAAUUCCAAUUUCAUACAUGCUAUCCAUGUGAAGUCAUUACUAAGAAUGGGUGGUAUUGGUUUAAGCUUCAUCAAGACUGAAGUAACUGAACUUUAUGAAGCAGCAACCACAGAGGUGAACAGUGACCGGGCCAACACAAGCCUCGUCAUUCAAACAUGAAAGGCAGCACUUACUAUAUAAAUUUGGGCAAAAAUCACCAGUCCUUCAUAGUACAACAACAAAACUGUUGCAUUCUGCCAUUCUGUUGACUAAAGCAAAGCUGUCUGGUCCAAUUAGUCCUGGCUCAAGAUCAAGUCUGAAAGGUCUAAAAAAAAUUCCUUAUUCCGAUGUACCCCUCUAUGGUCUAAUUGGGUUAGGGUUAUGGUUCAGCAUGCAUUCAGCUGUCAUAAAUACGCUCCUGAUUAUAGACAUGUUGAUCUCAGAAACAAUAGCAUCCUAACAGAUGAAGGUCUUCCUUUUAUGCAUGAACCUACAGAGGACGCAUGCUGAAGCUUAAAUUGUAAGCUAGUUAACAUGAUGAAAAAGUGAAUCAUAUCUAGCCCAUGGACUGGAUGAAAUUAACAUAUCAGGUCUCUUUUGUAGUCCCAGCCUCAACAGUGACAGCAGCAGUCUUAUAACGUCUCGCAGGUCCCUGGUGGAAUGUGUUUUGAGGAACACAAGUGAAUUAGUUUGCAGAAGUGAAGCCUGUUGGUAGUAAAGGGCCUCUGAAGCACCUGCAGCAUACUGUAGGAUGUGCACACUACCGAUGAGUGGUACUUAGAGCUAUAUUCCAAUUUUGGAAUGAAACCAUCAUUGGUGUUUUACAGUUCACCACGUGUAUUUGGCAACCCAGUUAAGCCCAUUAUUUUCAUUAUAUGUAUGCCAACUCUAUUCACCAGUGGAAAUGCUCUAAUAUGGAACGGCAUUAUGAUCUUGGAAUUUCAUUCUUUUCCCAUCUUUAUUUUACUUUACUUUUUCUUCUAAUGUUGCAUGUGGAUGAAUGAGUUUGUCCAGUGUAGGUUUGAUUUCAACAACCAUUUUUAGAAGGCUAGUGACUUUUUAUGUAAACAAAACACUAAAAAAAAGGAUGAAAGAAAGUGUGUGGUGUCAUUUGUCCUUCUUCAGUGGCCGUAAACAAGUGUGCCUGAAAUUCUUUGCAAGACUUUUCCACACGUCGAUGCUUCCUCCUCUAGAUGUGCUGUGUGAUGAAAUAGUUUUGUGAGGGAAGCCUUCAUCAAUUCAGACAGCCGAGGCCCCAACAGGUCUGGCAACAAAACUGUUAGUUUUUUUUUUUUUUUUUUUUUUUUUUUUUUUUACACCUAAUGAUUGUGAAGUUAUUCUGCUCCAGGAACAACCUUGAAACAUGAAUUGAGAUCUUUAUUUGGGUCAUGGUCAUGUUAAUGUAUCAGUGACAUUUAACCAUGAGGUUUAAUUUUUUUUUAAAAUUUGAAUCCAACCUAAUGUGAAAAACAUUUGGUCAAAUAAUUUGGAAGAUUACUGUUAUUUUUUAUUUUCUGUGAAUUGUAUGAUGAAUUUGGCAGAUGUGAAGGCAAAUGAAUGUAUAUCUUUGUACAAACCAUUUAGUUCAGAGGACGUUAGUUAUGACAGACAUGCAAGAAAGAAAUAACCUUUUAUAAAUCUUUUUGUAUUAGAACAUUAACAAUGGUAAUUUUUGUAUAUACGAAGGCUAGGCUUUCUGAUUAGCAGAAAGGUAAAACAUUCCUACAUUUUUUUUUAAAUGUAUGUCCAUUGAGAGUAAUUAUGUAAACAUAUGCGCAAUGUUUUAUGUGCCUUUUAUUUGGUUUUGUCUAAAUAAAAGAAAACAAUAAAACAUGAUUGUGGACAGUCCGUGCUGAGUCCCACAAAGGAAAGUCAAUGCUGUUCACCUCAGCUGAAUCUCUGGACUGACCCCACCCACCCAACACCACCACCACCAUCACCCGCUCUCAACACUCCCCUACAGCAGGAGAGAUGUUCUCCUUUCUGGUUUUAGUUGCCUUCCCUAGAUAGAGUCCAGGUUUCUGGGAGGCUGAGAUGGUUGCUGAAGCCCCUGGUAUGUAUGGAUGUUUCUGAUCUCCAGCCUCCACAAUGUUUUCACUGGCUCACAGUUGGCCUGCUCAUGAUGAAAGUGCCUCUGUGACUUUGCUUAUUGGAGUGGCUUGUGGGGGGUUUUGUGCCAAAUCAUGGUCUGUAUGUGACAACAAAAACAUUUAGGUGUUUUUUCAUUCUUUUUACUAUUAAACUUUGAAAAUGU